CCAAUUACUCCGACGCAAAAGUCGGUUCUUUUUCCUCGCAUACAUUUUCCCUCUUUUUGCCCCAAAAAGAUCAAAAAGACACUUUGAUUUCCUCCUUUUCUUUUUUCAAUUUCCUCUUAUCCGAUCACUGUAUUGUCUUCAGUUAUCGUUUUUUGAAUUUGGGUUUUCUUUUUGGGAAAAAAUGGCACCGCAAGUAAGAAGAACGGCGUUCCCUAAGGUACUUAUUGAGAGAGAUACAGACUCUGAACAAAGCUCAUCAGAUGAUGAUGAGGAGGAAGAAGAACAAGAAAAUGAAAACGAAGAGAAAACUGAGGAGUUUAAUGAUACGAAAAAGAAAGGAAAAUCACCCAUUACUAUUAGCCUCAAGAAAGUUUGUAAAGUGUGUAAGAAAACGGGACAUGAAGCUGGGUUUAAAGGAGCUACCUAUAUUGAUUGCCCAAUGAAACCUUGUUUUCUUUGCAAAAUGCCUGGUCAUACUACAAUGACAUGUCCACAUAGAGUUGCUACAGAGCAUGGUGUUGUCCCUGCACCCCAUGUAAAUACUCAGAACCCCGUGGAAUUUGUGUUCGAGCGACAACUUAAACCUAGAAUUACCCCGAUCAAGCCGGCGUAUGUGAUCCCGGAUCAAGUCGAUUGUGCUGUUAUCCGAUACCACAGUAGAAGAGUAACGUGUUUGGAGUUUCAUCCCACUAACAAUCACAUCCUUUUGUCUGGAGAUAAGAAAGGACAACUCGGAAUUUGGGAUUUUGCAAAAGUGCAUGAAAAGACGGUUUACGGAAACAUACACUCUUGCAUACUCAAUAAUAUGAGGUUCAGUCCUUCAAAUGAUGGUAUGAUAUAUGCUGCAUCUUCGGAUGGAACCGUCAGUUGCACAGACUUAGAGACCGGGAUUUCAUCGACUUUAAUGAAUCUUAAUCCAGAUGGUUGGCAGGGUCCGGGGAGUUGGAGGAUGCUUUACGGAAUGGAUAUCAACUUGGAGAGAGGUGUUGUGCUUGUGGCUGAUAACUUUGGUUUCCUCUACUUGGUUGAUAGUCGCUCCAACAGCCAAACCGGGAAGGCAAUAAUGAUCCAUAAGAAAGGAAGUAAAGUCGUCGGUCUACACUGUAAUCCUUUUCAACCAGAUCUUUUGUUGAGUUGUGGAAACGAUCACUUUGCCCGUUUGUGGGAUAUGCGUCGAUUAGAAGCUGGAUCUGUUCUUGCUAAUCUCGAGCAUAGACGUGUUGUGAACUCCGCCUAUUUCUCUCCAUUUUCUGGGACUAAAAUCCUUACCACGUCUCAAGAUAAUCGCCUUCGCAUAUGGGAUUCCAUCUUCCGGGAUUUGGACUCACCGAGUCGGGAAAUCGUACAUAGUCAUGAUUUCAAUCGGCAUUUGACUCCUUUCCGAGCUGAAUGGGAUCCUAAGGAUCCAUCAGAAUCUCUAGCUGUUAUCGGUCGUUACAUAAGUGAAAAUUAUAACGGAACUGCUCUACACCCUAUCGAUUUCAUAGACAUAAACACGGGGCAAUUAGUAGCCGAGGUUAUGGACCCGAACAUUACUACUAUCACUCCCGUGAACAAACUACAUCCACGAGACGAUAUUUUGGCAUCGGGUAGUUCAAGGUCUCUUUUUAUUUGGAGACCAAAGGAGAAGUUUGACGUUGCGGAACAGUCAGAUACGAGGAAAAUCAUCAUCUUUGGAGGAGAUGAGAAAAAGCGGGGCAAGAGGUCAAAAGAUGAUUACGAUGAUGAUUCCGAUGAUGAUAAAUUCAACGUCAAAGGCAAAAACGUAAAGGUCAAGAAACCCGUAAAGCAAAUGACUCAUCGAAAGGCGAAGCGCUGAGUCGAGAACAUCAUUGUCAUAGAUGGAAACUACGCUUCUUUUUGUUUUGGUUUUGUUGAUAGCUUCCAUCAACUAUAUAUAAUCUUGGUAUCAGAUCACUAAUUUUGCCUAACGGUCAGUGAUAAAAGUAGUUUUUAAAGUAGCAUUUAGCUCGAAUCGGUUGAUUGAACUAUUUGAACUAAAAUCGAUUUCUAUUCCGAUUUAGUGUAUAUUUGAACGGUUCGAAGUAAAAUAGGUUUUGAUUAAAAAAAA